AGCAAGGAUUUUAUUAUUGUACGACAGGAUUGGAAAGGAUUUGCAGAAAUAGUAAUUAUUAUUUUAUUUUUAAAAACUGCUUUUCGAAGGAAAAUAAUUAGAAAUGCAUUGCAGUCAUUUUCCUUCUGAUCACCCCACCCCCGGCUUUGUUGUGACUGUUCAGACACCACACCCCCCUGGCUCCGAUUGAUAUCUGAUCACUGCAAGUAAAAUUAGAAUGUGAUUCACUCUUGUGUGUCAUACACCCAGGCCGAGCCUGAGACAGCAGCCUCAGAAACUCUCAGAGCUAUGCAUCUGCCAGGUCCCCUGCACCUUCUGUGCCUGACGUGGUGCGUUUUACAGCCUGUGCAUUCGGGAACAGAGGAUCGCCUGAACGAUGUGGUCCUGUUUGACUCUUGGCACAGCAAUAAACUGUUGAAACGUAACACCAAGUGGUCACAUGGCAGCUUUACCCUGGAGAUUAAUUCACCCCACCUGGUGUACCAAUGCUGCCCGAUGGACCCUGAACUCCAGAAAACGUCGCAGGUUUUGUGGACCGGUCCAGUCUCUGCCGGGGAUGCUCGCCACCUCUUUCUGGACCUGACCUUUACCCUCUUGAGCUGCCUGUUCCCGAGCGACUGUAGGGAGGACUUCAGUGUGUACUUCUUUCAGUCGGACAAUGAUUACGCCAGACCCAGAAUCCACGAAUCCGUCAGGAUCCGUGUCAAGGGCGAGAAGCACUUUCCGACAGAGUACCUGGAUGGGCCCAUCGACUGGGAGAAGCUGAGAAGGGCACUCAACACCGUCACAGGGGAGAGCCUGGGUCCCGUGAGCCGCUCAGUCUUCCAGCUGGGCUUCGAUUAUAUUGGCCCCUGCCUCCUCCUCAGCUCCUUCAAGGUGUACUACAAGAAAUGCCCACCGAGCCUUCACAACCUGGCAGUGUUUCCUGAAACUACACGCAGUGGCGAGCUGGUCCUUGGCCAAUGCGUGGAUAACUCGGUACAAAUGGGGCUACUGCAGCGCCGCUGUGGCACGGACGGUGUCUGGGGACCCUCUGCUGGUCACUGCAUCUGCAGAGAGGGUCACCAAGCUAAAGGCGAUGUCUGUGAAGCUUGUAAAAUAGGAUAUUACAAGGACACACCAGGGCACGGCGACUGCACCAAAUGCCCCACCAACAGUCAUUCCGAUACUGAGGCCUCUGUCUCCUGCCCAUGUUUAAGUGGUUACAACAGGACUGAGGCACACUCUCCGUCGGCUGCUUGCACUGCCUACGAGAUUGAGAAUCAAGACCUCACCACCAAAACUGCUGUACCAACUAUUCACAAUGGAGAUCUACAGUCUGGGGUCAUACUGGCAGCAUUUGGAGGUGCACUGCUGGUGCUAGUGCUGUUCAUUGGCUUGUUUGUCAGUUGGAGAAUGAAAAUGAAGGACAAGUGCAAAACAGGAACAAAAUCACAGCUGGUCCCACUCAACACAGGAAGAUCCUACAGGAAGGAAACUGAAGAGGGCCGAUUGCAGCAUCUCGGUAUCAGUGACUCUCUGAAGCUGAACCUGAAGAAGGUGAUGGUGGAAAGGAGCUCUCUGUCCCUGGGUCAAAUCCUUGGCGAAGGUGAAUUUGGCUCAGUGUACCAGGGAAUACUCAAGCAAUCCACGGGCAUCAACCAGAACGUCGCUGUUAAGACAAUGAAACACGGACUUGAUUCAAAGCCAGAGCUGGAGUCCUUUUUAAGGGAAGCAGAAUUGAUGCAAGGCUUCGACCAUCCAAAUGUCCUCAGACUUAUCGGGAUAUCACUCGAAGUUUGCUCUGCAGGACAAAUACCAAUGCCGAUGGUCAUCCUUCCUUUCAUGCCUCACGGAGACCUCCGCAGCUUUCUCCUCGACUCACGGCACAGAAAAAACCCUGUGUACAUACCUCUGCAGGUCAUCCUGAAGUUCAUGAUUGACAUUGCCUCAGGGAUGGAGUAUUUGAGUAACCAAGGCUUUCUACACAGAGACCUGGCAGCUCGGAAUUGCAUGUUGUGUGACAGUAUGCGGGUUUGCGUUGCUGAUUUUGGGUUGUCUAAAAAGAUCUACGCCAGUAAUUACUACCGGCAGAGGGCAGUCUCAAAGAUGCCUGUGAAAUGGAUGGCCAUUGAGAGCAUGGCAGAGUCAAUCUACACAACAAAAAGCGAUGUGUGGUCCUUCGGAGUGACGAUGUGGGAGAUUGUGAGUCAGGGGAAGACACCUUAUCCUGGCAUACAAAACCACGAGGUUUAUGACUACCUACAUCAGGGGAACCGACUGAAGCAACCACCUGAUUGUCUCGACAAAUUGUACCACCUCAUGCUCAGCUGCUGGUUCCUGAAUCCAGGACAGCGACCAACCUUUGCUGAGCUCAGAUCACUUCUCCAGGAACUUCUGUCCACCUUGCCCAUCCUCGAGGACCAGGGUGAGGUCUACUACACGAACACUGGGGCACAUAGAGCAGCAGCCCAAACAACGAGCGGGGCUGAGGUCGGGGAUGAUGACACAAGAAACUUCUAUGUAGUGGUGCUGGAUGAUGAUAUGGAUACUGGCAGUGACUGCGAAAGGACAUUAGAGACUUAGGGUGAAGAUUGAAUUAUCGGAUGAGAACACAAUAUUGAUUAGAUUGUGGAAGGAACUGAUGGGUUGAGCUGGCCUCAUGAGUUAUUGAGCAAAAUUAACAAUACUUGAUUUAAUCAUGCGAACAUUCAGUGCAUCAUUUGGACAAAAUCCCUUCACAGUUACUUCUGGUGCAAUUAAUUUCCUGCAGUGUUAGUUGCUUUAAUACGAGGCAUCAGGAGGAUAGUUUAUUCAACUUUGAAGACGCCUGGAUAGACUAGGCUGUUUUCCUUGGAGCAGAGAGGACAAGGAAGGCUGUGAUUGAGAUGUAUAAAAUAUUGAAGGGCACUGACUGGAUAGACAGGAAGAAAUUUUUCCUCAUGGUGGAUGGAUCAAUGACAAAGGGGCACAGAUUUAAUGUAAGGGAAAGGAGGUUUAGAGGGAAUGUGAGGAAGAUAAUUUUCAC